AUGGCGAGGAAUUCAAGCUUCCUAAUCCUACUGGCCUCUUUGUAUCUCAUGGACUUCGCUAUUGCCAAAAUGCCGUGCAAGACAGAAGUUAGCGUAGCUGGUAUGGCUCUCAAAGGAUUCGUCUUUAAAAAGGUUCCAGUAACAGCUCCUUACGUGUGCGAUACCACCUGCGAAAGAGAAACGAUAUGUCAAAGCUACAAUUAUGUAAUUGGGGAAAAGUCCUGUGAAUUGAACUCCCGAACCAAGGAAGCAAGGCCCGAGAAUUUUCAGCCAGACGAUUUACGCUUUUACAUGGGACGCAUUAGUGGUAGAAGUAUGUAUCCAGUUUAGUUAAUUUUACAUACGAAUCUUUCUCAGUGAGUUCCUAGUAACAGCUCACUACUUUCCGAGAGCUGGUGUCCGAUCGCUUGGUUAUUAAAUAGGGUCAGUGUCUUAAAGCAAAAUUCGCCUUCCAUGCAUACACUGAUAUUAGCUAAACUUCUCAGCUCUUAAUUAUUGUUCUUCCAUGUUUAUCUUGCCCGGACAAAUAUAUUAUCAGAUCUAAUCUGUUUUGCAACUUCUAUUACCCUUAAACCAUUAAUGAAGUCAUGUCUAUAUUUUAGCCCCCUUAGGAUCUAUUCCUGAACUACCAGCGCUAUCGUGCCAAGAGAUAAAAUCAAGUGAAGGUGAAGACAGCAUCAGUAAAAAUUACUGGUUGGAUCCAACUAAUGUCGGAAGCUCAAAGUUGGUUUACUGCGACAUGAAUUUGGAAGGUAAGUCAGUAUACCAAGAACAGAAUUUACACAACGUCUGGUCUACCUUUGCCCUGGCCUUUUGUGAAAUGUUUUCACCUUGUCUCAGUGAUUUCUUCGAUUAAUUCUCAAAUAGACAUCGAUGAAUGUAAAGGCAGCAAUAAAGUUUGUGACGAAAAUGCAAACUGCUCCAAUACUGUUGGGUUUUAUAAUUGCACCUGCAAAGAAGGAUUUACUGGGGAUGGACGCUUUUGCUCAGGUAAACUAGUUACAGACAUGCCGAGGUACAAUAUUUAACUAUUUUUCGCCUAAAAACACUGGAGGUACAUUUGAGCUAUCUACAAUCGAGUGAGUGAAUAAUAGACCAAUAAUACCUUGCAUGCUAUAUCAGUGGACCCUUAGCAUCACACAACGCAAUUUUAGCAGGAAUGUCUAUAUAUUAGCUGUCCUACAAGUGCUAAGUUUUGUUUUUUUUAAGCAGCAUUACCCAUACAUGUUUAUGCACGGAGUUGCCAUGAUCUACAUCCGGUUUGUUUCAGAGCCAUCAUGUUAGGAGACUAAAAAAUAACAUUGGAGAAGAAAAUAUAAUAUCUAGGUUGCACGUUUCAAAAAUCUAGUUCGUUAAAGACGAAAAAGUGAAAGCUUUUUAAGUGCAAAAUUCAUUUACGGUUUCUCAGAUAUUGACGAGUGUAAAGGAAAUCACUCCUGUCACGUGAAUGCGAAGUGCAAUAACACCCUUGGAUCACAUACAUGUGAAUGUCAGCCUGGAUAUACUGGAAAUGGACAAAACUGCAAAGGUGAAUUUAAUGUCUUCGUUACAAUAUUUAGAAUAGUCCUGCAUGACUACAGCGCCGCACCAGUCAGCCGUGUUGCAAGACAAUUAGAUAAUUUAUUACUCAUAUGUAACUCGUUAUGAUUUAGGCAGCCGUUCCUCAUGUUAAGAACCUUCUAGGUAACGUCCCUGAUUUUUAAAUGAACAAUCUUGGUGACUUAUGUAUUGUUUUUCUCCGCUAAAAAUUAACCUUAUCACAAUGAUUGACAGAAGCAUGAAAAUAGAAUCGCUCGCUUGGCUCUGAACCUUGUGCACAGGAUAGAUAUGUGAGUGAUUUCGAUGGUGCUACGUUUUCGCUGACGCUUAAGAUAUAUUUGAGAGAAAAAAGUUGAAAAUUAUUAUCAUCAAGUUUUAUAAAAUAAUCAAGAUACUACGGGCGCCCUGACUGGCCAAAAAACAACCGUUGAUUGCACCGAUAAACCCAUGGAAAACUAAAGUUUAAAUUACUAAAGUAACAAACAGCACUUUCUAUCGGAUUACCAGCGUAGUAAACGUCUCCAGAUGUUGGGAAACCAUUCGAAAAAAAAAAAAAAAAGGAAAUUUAUCGCCUCCAGCUCGUAAUUACAAACUUAUGUCAUGUCCUCACAACAUCCCGUGUGGGUUAUCUGGACAGUAAACUGAUAGAAAGAGCGAUGAAUAAAGGGGGUAAGGUUCUAAAGAAGCUGUGGUGCUGCGUCGGUGGGAGAGUAUAAUAGGGUAAUUAAGUAUUAUCAACAAUUUUUUACUGUGUAUUGUACAUUGACGAAUGUAGUGAGGCCCAUCCCUUUAAAAUGAAUAAAUGCCAUCCGAAUGCACCUUGCACUAGUACCCAGGGCUUGUACAAUUUCUCUUGCAAUCCCACGCUUAUUGGAGAUGGUUUUGAUUGUCAAGGCUAGUUUGGUUUUUGGAGGUGAUGAAAUUUUUGUUUGGUUCCCACGUUGAAUGUAGCAGUAAAUUUCUUAGAGUUUACUUUCAUCCGACAUUCACAUCGAGGAGGCAUACUUUACGCUCCCUUGAGCACAAGAACGAAUCAACUUUUGAUUAUAGGGGGUAAGUUUCUAAAGAAACUGUAGUGUUGCGUCGGUGGGAGAGUAUAGCAGGUAAUUCAGUGUUACCAACCAAGUUGAAAGCGUAAAUUGGCCACCGUAAAGAGUAAAAAAGCUAAUCUACGUUUUCAACUCAGUUGUUAACACUAAAUUACCAACUGAUUAUGUUUUAAAUGAUUUCAAAACCUUACACAAACUUUAACAUGAUGCAGACACGAUGCUCUCCGUGGCACUUAAAAACUCUUUAAUAAUCUCUAACCUUCCAAGAUUCUCUUAUAAUAAGAGCAGUUAUGAUCAAUCAAACUUAUUUGACUUAUGCAAGCCAAUUCGCGUUAUGAUUACAAAUAAUUGGAUGAUGCUAGUAAGCAGAGAGUUAUUACACUCUCCUAGAAAAUAAUUGGGUACAAGCGAAUACUUCUGGGCUGGCAUCGUUGUGUGGGAGCUGAGGAUCAAUACUGGGAUGAAAAAAUGUCUUAAACGCAUUUUGCAGCAUCCAGUUGAGGUACAAACAACUCGGGCUUUGAUGGGCGAUUAAAGCAAGAGGAAACGUAAUUCCUUAUGAUGCUAUCAUUUCAUUUUAGUUCCUUUGUGCAUCAUCAUUGGCUAACCCAAAUUCUUCUAACCCGAAUUCUUCAAAACCUGAGUGACGCUAAUAGAAAGAGCAGUUAAGCUACACCAAAAUUUGGUCCAGCGUUUUGUGGCAACUUACUUCCCGCGGAAUUUUUUUUUUGGGGGGGGGGGGGGUAUCAGGAACAAGCCAGUUGUUUCAGAGCCUUCUGGUUUAGAAGGUUAUCUUUGUUACUACAACCUUUUUUUGUAAUGUUUAUUUCAUUUAGUAGCCGACCCAUGUUAUUAUCAUCAAAACCUGAAUGAUGCCAGUAGAAAGAGCAGUUACCCAACACCCCAGAAACAAGAGGUGUGUGACGACCACCUUGUUGAGGAAUGGUAUCGUUUUGUGGGAGCUGCAGGAACAAAAAUGCCAACAACGCGUGUGCCAGCAUACAGAUGUGGUACACAGUGGUCUGGCUGGUUGGAUGCUGAUCAUCCUACAGUGGAAGAAGGUGAAGUUCGAAUGACGGUCUGCUUUAGUGAUCGCUCUACUGGUUGCCGAUACACAGGAACUAUUUCUGUAAAAAACUGUGGAUCUUACUUUAUCUACCGACUUAAAAAGCCACCUAAUUGUAACUCACGCUACUGUAGUACUGACUGA